AUGCAUGCAGUGCUGCCUCACAUGGAUUGUCACAGAGAGCGUGUGUGUGUGUGGCCUAAAUCUGUAAAUCCAGAGGAUACUGUCCUGUAGGGAGCAGAUUUGGCUUGAUUGGAUAGAGAAGGACCUCAUCCUUCUUGAUCAGUGACUAUGGGGUGUUCUCUCUCUCCCUCCCUCCUCACUCUAAUUCUUUCUCUGAUGUUUUCUACAUUUCAUGAACUAUAGUUCCAUAAACAUUGCAGUAUGUGUUCUUGUGUUCACAGAAGUUUAAUUGUUAUUCCUAAUUUUCCUGUGGGACUGAUUCAUUCGUCAUUUAUGUCACAUGUCCAUGACUAGUACUUUGAACUUCCUCUUCUGCUGUUUUGCUGCUGGUCGCUCAGACCGUCUUUGUCAAGGCUUCAUUCUAUUAGUAAUACACUUAGUUAGGCAUCAACAUGAUAAUGAUUACUAGACUGCUGGAUACACCCUUUGUCUUACUCAGUCACACACUAUAUUAGUUUGGGUGUUGCCCUGGGUGCGGCCACUAUUCCCCCACUCUGUCCCCAUAGCAUAACCACACCAUCCAGGGUUUAUACUGCAGUUAUCCUAGUGAGACCCGAUGCCUCUGCUUUGCAGUCAGCAUUAAGGAGAUGUAUUGGGGCCCUGCGACAGACUAGCUUCCUGUCCAGGGGCUGUACUUGUACAUCAACCUGCCUCAUGCUACAGAAACAGGAGAUAGGCUGGACAAGGCGUAUCUAUCCUAGUGUGAGCCCGUGCUGAUCAUGUCCUCAUGGUUGUGUCAUGGCUACAGAUCUACCCUGACCCAGAGCUGGAGCAGCAGAUCCUGGCUCUGCCCAUCCGCUGCAUCCACAGUGAGGAGGGCUGUCGCUGGACCGGACAGAUGAAGCAGCUCCAGGUCAGUAGCUGCCUGCCUGGCUUUAUUACCCUUUUUUUUUCUCUCUCUCUCUCUCACUCACUCACUCACUCACUCACUCACUCACUCACUCACUCACUCACUCACUCCCUCACUUCUUCACUCAUCCUGUCUAAGCCACCUUCUUUGUGACCAGAGCCCUGUGUCUCCUGCCUCCAGUGUGUCAUGUUGUGUUAUCUGCUAGCUGAAGCCUGGCUAAAUGCAGGGUGAGGAAGCGUGUCUGGCUGCUGACACAUUCCUCUCUCCCCCCUCCCUCCGUCUCCCUCAGGGCCACUUUUCCACCUGUGCCUUCAAUGUGAUCCCCUGCCCCAACCGCUGCUCCAUCAAGCUGACGCGCCGUGACCUGCCCGACCACCUGCAGCACGACUGCCCCAAGCGCAAGGUCAAGUGCGAGUUCUGCGGCAGCGAGUUCACCGGGGAGGCCUAUGAGGUAAACACCAACAACAACAAGCAGAGACCUACUUUGUAUUUUUUUAUAUUUUUACAGAGUAGCACUAGCAAGUAAACAACCUGGUUAAGGCCACAUUUUUCACUGAGUGAAUAGCAAUCUUUGUAGUGUCUACUCCGCUUUCGAAGGUGGCAGUGUUGGCGUGAGGGGAGAGAGGUAGAUCUGUGCACAUUUCAUAGUCUGUUUUUCUCUCCGUCCAGGAGAUGUAGUGCCUCAGGGUUAACGUUAGCCUCUCUCCCUGUCACUAACACCUCUGUUACUGUUUACAGGCUGCCCUUCCUCUGUUUAUACAGGCCCAAUAUGGCCUUUCCAUCAUAACAUAAUUAUUAAUAUGGCUCCAGCUUUUUAUAGGAUAAUUAUUUGUUCAUUUUCAGUGGCAGUGGGAUCAUAAAAUUAGUGCAUACCAAGAACUAGUUUUUUAUCUGACCAAUUGUGACCCACCACCUCUAUUUUACAUUUACAUUUACAGUCAUUUAGCAGACGCUCUUAUCCAGAGCGACUUACAGUUAGUGAGUGCAUACAUUAUUAUAAUUUUUUCAUACUGGCCCCCCGUGGGAAUCGAACCCACAACCCUGGCGUUGCAAACGUCAUGCUCUACCAACUGAGCUACAUCCCUGCCGGCCAUUCCCUCCCCUACCCUGGACGACACUGGGCCAAUUGUGCGUCGCCCCAUGGGUCUCCCGUUCGCGGCCGGCUACGACAGAGCAUGGAUUCGAACCAGGAUCUCUAGUGGCACAGCUAGCACUGCGAUGCAGUGCCUUAGACCACUGCGCCACUUGGGAGUCAUAUGUAGCAAAAUUUGAAAUUGUGUUUUUUACAUUGGAUAAAAGUAGAGACUCUGAACUAGAAAAUGGUAUAUCAUACACUGCAGUUGAGGAACAAUGGGAAAGUAAUUCUGCUUUGAAAGUUGAUAAACUUGCAACCCCACUUUUUAGAAAAAGGUCCUUGAAUGUUUUGGUACACCUACUGGAGAGCUCUUCUUUGUCUACACCCAUUCAGCAUCGUUCACACCCUCUUAAGCCUUAGCCCCACCCAUCUCUUUAAGGAUUCACAUGUGAGGCCAUGUGCUAAACCGAGUGAGCUAAACAAUGAACCAUAAUCCCAACCCAUACUACUAGCAAUACAAACUGAUUGUCAUAGCUAGCCAUCAUGCAUGAAUCUGCAAGUAGCUAAAGCUAACCAACUAGGUUCAAUGUUAGCUAGCUAGCUAACAUUAGGCUAAAACGAGCAAUGCAAAUAAAGCAAAUUUCUGAGAUACAAAUAAUAUUACUACACAGAUCAUACACGUAACGUUAGCUAGCAAGCCAGCCAGCUAACGUUAGCUAGCUAGCUAACAGUAUGCUGUAACUUGCAAUGAAAAUGACUUUCUGACCAAAUUAGAAAUGUAUAAUAUCUGAACAUUUAGCUAGACUCUUACCUUUAUACAGCCUUCUGUGUUCUCUUUUCGACUCCCUCCACAUUUGCAAUCAAACAGUACUCUGCUUCCACCGGGCAUUCCACUGAUUUCAAAACUCGGUCAACUUCUUCCAUGACAACACUGUUGAUCACCGUUUCUUCUCCAUCACUGUCAUCAGAAGACUCUAUAAUGUCUGAUUUAAUGAAAAUGUUUUGACCUAAAUCAGGGAUUUCCUCAUCGUCAGAGAGGGUAAGCAUGGCAUGAUCAUCCUCCAGAAAGUAGUCCAUCACAACCUCUUCCCACUGAUCUUUGUCGAUAGCGCCUGUUAAAUUCAGGGCAGCAAUGUUGUGAGCAGUAACAACACUUUUGCAGUUCUCCAUGAUAUCUUUUGAAAAAGCCACAUACUGAGCAGCUCAUGUUAUAGACAGAAACAUGCUACGUGGCAGACCAAUCCAAACUCAUCUCUCGGCAUGUCCAGCCCAUCCAUUAUCUCAGCCAAUCAUGGCUAGCGGGAAGGUUCCUGUCUUUUUCCGUGGCUAAACCAACUAGGCUCGUAAUUUAACAAUUGUAUUCUUAUUUACAGAUGGCAUACAAGUUUGUUAUUAGGGCACAUGAAAGUUAACAUGUUCCAGAAGGGAUUUCUGCCAAUAAAACACAUUUUCAUAAAAACAUUAAAAUGCCUCCUGUGAAGUAGUGACGUGCGACAUACGCCUAGCUUCUUGAACAAUUAUGAUGAACUGCGCUGAAAGCUUGCUAGUUUUGCUGGUAGUUUAGUUGGUUGUGAUGAUGUCACUGCUGUGUUGUGACCGGUUUGUGUGUCCUGUCUUCUCUCCCAGAACCACCAGGGUAUCUGUCCCCAGGAGAGUGUGUACUGUGAGAAUAAGUGUGGCGCGCGGAUGAUGCGUCGGCUCCUGUCCCAGCACAGUCUGGCUGAGUGUCCCAAACGCACGCAGCCCUGCAAGUACUGUGGCAAGGAGUUUGUCUUCGACACCAUCCAGGUCAGUCAACAACACCAACACACCUCCUCUGACCGAACAAGCUCUAGGACUUCUUCCUUCCCUACAUACUCCUGCAUGUAUUGUUUUACAAUCACAUUUGUCAUCACUUUAUUAAUGGGUAAAUUUUCUUUCCCAUCAACGUAGUAUUUGUAUUACUACUUGGAAGGCUAGACCUAAAUUAGUGCCCAAACUCAGACCUGUGAGAAUGAAGUGUUUUGAAGGUUUAUUCUGGAGGGUUGUUAUGAGCCCUUCCCUUAUUUCACUGUGUGUGAUAAAGGAACAGUGCAGUCUCAGUCGUGGAUGAAGGAGGGUUCUCAGUCCCUGUAGAGCGUAAUGGCACUGGGCCCACGGCUGCAUGAACACUGGCUUUCAUGGUGCCCACUUCUCUGUGCCAGCCCGCUGUGUGUGCCUGCUGCUGUUUGUACUGGCAGCGCCCACCCCCGGCAGCACCUGUCUCUGCACACAUCCUGUCCUCAGGCCCAGCGGCCGGCCAGCCACUCCCACUCUCCUCUCAUAGCCACAGUUUAUUCAUUAUGUCUCCCUCUCAGAGCACAUGCUUUAUGAUGCAAAGAUCAGCUCCAUAAGCAACUAAUUUAUCCCAUUCCUUUGAAUAGACAGUCAUUUGUUCUACAGUACCAGUCAAAAGUUUGGACACACCUACUCCUUCAAGGGUUUUUCUCUAUUUGUAAUAUUUUUUACAUUGUAGAAUAAUAAUGAAGACCUCAACACUAUGAAAUAACACAUGGAAUCAUGUAAUAACCAAAAAAGUGUUAAACAAAUCAAAAUAUAUUUGAGAUUUGAGAUUUUUCAAGUAGCCACCCUUUGCCUUGAUGACAGCUUUGCACAGUCUUGGUAUUCUCUCAACCAGCUUCACCUGGAAUGCUUUUCCAACAGUCUUGAAGGAGUUCCCACAUAUGCUGGGCACUUAUUGGCUGCUUUUCCUUCACUCUGCCAUCCGACUCAUCCCAAAUCAUCUCAAUUGGGUUGAGGUCGGGGGAUUGUGGAGGCCAGGUCAUCUGAUGCAGCACUCCAUCACUAUCCUUCUUGGUAAAAUAGCCCUUACACAGCCUGGAGGUUACAUUGUCCUGUUGAAAAACAAAUGAUAGUUCCACUAAGCCCAAACCAGAUGGGAUGGCGUAUCGCUGCAGAAUGCUGUGGUAGCCAUGCUGGUUAAGUGUGCCUUGAAUUCUAAAUAAAUCACAGACAGUGUCACCAGCAAAGCACCCCCACACCAUCACACCACCUCCUCAAUGCUUUACGGUGGGAACUACACAUGCGGAGAUCAUCCGUUCACCCACACCGCGUCUCACAAAGACACGGCGGUUUGAACCAAAAAUCUCAAAUUUGGACUCCAGACCAAAGGACACAUUUCCACCGGUCUAAUGUCUAUUGCUCGUGUUUCUUGGCCCAAGCAGGUAUUUUCUUCUUAUUGGUGUCCUUUUAGUAGUGGUGUCUUUGCAGCAAUUCGACCAUGAAGGCCUGAUUCACAUAGUCUCCUGUUACUUGAACUCUGUGAAGCAUUUAUUUGGGUUGCAAUUUCUGAGGCUGGUAACUCUAAUGAAUUUAUCCUCUGCAGCAGAGGUAACUCCGGGUCUUCCAUUCCAGUGGCGGUCCUCAUGAGAGCCAGUUUCAUUAUAGCACUUGAUGGUUUUUGCGACUGUACUUAAAGAAACUUUCAAAGUUCUAGAAAUGUUCAGUAUUGACUGACCUUCAUGUCUUAAAGUAAUGAUGGACUGUCGUUUCUCUUUGCUUAUUUGAGCUUUUCUUGCCAUAAUAUGGACUUGGUCUUUUACCAAAUAGGUCUAUCUUCUGUAUACCCCCCUACCUUGUCACAACACAACUGAUUGGCUCAAACGCAUUAAGAAGGAAAGAAAUUCCACAAUAUAACUGUUAAUUGAAAUGCAUUCCAGGUGACUACCUCAUGAAGCUGGUUGAGGGAAUGCCAAGAGUGUGCAAUGCUGUCAUCAAGGCAAAGGGUGGCUAUUUGAAGAAUCUCAAAUAUAAAAUAUAUUUUGAUUUGUUUAACACAUUUUUGGUUACUACAUGAUUCCAUUUCAUAGUUUUGAUGUCUUCAUUAUUCUUCUACAAUGUAGAAAAAAAAAAAAAAAAAGAAGUUGUUAAUCUCUCAUACAGUGAUUCUGCUGUGCAAAGUGCUUCAUGUUGUCUUGUCGAUUCUCUUAAUCUUGCAUGCAUGAUACACAGAGCGCAUUUUGUAUGAUAAAAAAAUUCUGAUCCCAAUAUAUUUUUUACCUUGCUGGCUGUCUAAAUCUAUGUCAAAAGUAAUAAAUGAAAUAAUAAAUGAAUAAUACUUUUUUCUACCCUACAGAACCAUCAGUACCACUGCCCUCGGUUUCCAGUUGCGUGUCCAAACCAGUGUGGCACCCCCAACAUCGCCCGGGAGGACUUGGCCAAUCACGUGAAGGAGAACUGUGGCAGUGCCCUCAUCCUCUGCCCCUUCAAAGAUGCUGGCUGCAAACACAGGGUAAGGCUGACCUGCUGCGAUAUAGCUGCUUUUUAUUACUUCAGACCCUCAGAGAAAAACCUUGAUUCUAGCUUCUUGCAAGAGGCAUCGUUUUUUGUCAUUACUGCCCACUGCUUUAUUGACGUCAAGUUUUAUCAUUUUAUCACUCUCGGGUUGUUUUUUGUGCAUGUUUCCAAAAUUAUUUUUGGAUUAUAAUGCUUCAUGCUCCGGUUGCAUUGAAACCCAGUAACGUAUGUCCAAAGCGAUGAUUGUCUCCAGCAUACAUUGCCGUCUGUCUGUUCGUGCCUCUAGGCUAUAUUUUAAUGAGAGUCACACUUCUCCUCCGCUCUGACAGCGUAUUUUAGUCUAUUUUUGAAACUGACGUCAAUCUGAGAAAAUUUGGAGUGCUCCCGGAGUCAGAGCAGACAGGCUUCAUGCUUUGUGUUGUCAGCUUCUGUCCUUCAGUUUGAAAUGGGAGCGAGUUUGGAAAGCUCAGUGCAUAGCAAUGCAGAUGGUCUGACAAAUGCAUAAAUGACUCUCUCCCCGACCACAAAGGCAUCAGGCGAGAGAGUACAACCAAGAGUGCAGAUGUUCAGUACACCAAACACAAAUGUGUAUGGCAGGGCUCCCAAAAGAGCAGCUGAUCAGCAGACGGACACAACAUUCACUUACUGUAGGAGGCUUGAAUGUGAAACUCAAACAGACAAAACAAUCUAGUGUGCUGUGCAUACUGUACCACGUUAUUAAACACAACACAUUUCUAUACAGAGUUUGUACUAUACAGAGUUUUACCCUCCUUGCUACACACAGUGACCUCUCCCUAACCAGUCUCUCCUCUCUCCUUGCAGUGCCCAAAACUGGCCAUCGGGCGUCACCUGGAGGACACGACCAAGUCCCACCUGACCAUGAUGUGCAGCCUGGUGGGGCGCCAGCGGCAGGAGAUCCUGGAGCUGCGGAGGGAGAUGGAGGAGCUGUCGGUCAGCAACGAUGGAGUGCUCAUCUGGAAGCUCAGCGACUACUCCCGGAAACUCCAGGAGGCCAAGCUCCGGAACAAUCACGAGUUCUUCAGCCCGCCCUUCUACACCCAUCGCUAUGGCUACAAGUUGCAGGUUUCUGCGUUUCUCAACGGUAAUGGAAGUGGGGAGGGCUCGCACCUCUCCAUCUACAUCCGGGUGCUGCCGGGGGAGUACGACAACCUGCUCGAGUGGCCCUUCUCCUACAAGGUGACCUUUUCCAUCAUAGACCAGAGCGACCCGUCGCUGUCCAAGCCACAACACAUCACAGAGACCUUCAACCCUGACCCCAACUGGAAGAACUUCCAGAAGCCGUGCAGCACUCGCAACUCGCUGGACGAGAGUACCCUGGGCUUUGGCUACCCCAAGUUCAUCUCCCACGAAGAGAUCAAGAAGAGGAACUAUGUCAGAGACAACUCCAUCUUCCUCAAGGCUUCCAUAGAGAUCCCCCAGAAAAUCAUGGCCUGA